ACUUCCGAUCCUGAUCCAGUAAGCGGCCUUGUUGCUUCGCCCCGGGGUAUCAGGGCCCCCCAGCGCCCAGACCACGUCUCCUGUUGCCAGCCAGCGCCUCGCCGGCUCUCGGACCACGUCUCCUGUCGCCAGCCGGGAAGACUUUCGGUGUUGCUGUGGAUAGCUCCGGGUUGUGCAGCAGUUGUCAGUCUGCACGGGUGAAGGAUGUCGAUCGUGCGAAAUGUUUGGUGCCUGACCAGAGGAAGGGUUGCACGGGCCAUACUCGGUGCUUCCCCUAUCCGAACAUAUCGUGGCGAUACUUCUGAUGAUAUGACAGAUAUCAUACAAAUACCACUGCCUCCAUGGGAAGAGCGAAUCAAUGAGCCACUGGACACAAAGCGAGCCCGUCUGCUAUAUGAGAGCCGUAAACGUGGAAUGCUAGAGAAUUGCAUCUUACUGAGUUUCUUUGCAAAAAAGCACCUUAAUGAAAUGACCGAGAAGCAGCUAAGUUUGUAUGAUAAACUGAUCAAUCAACCAACCAAUGACUGGGAUAUUUACUACUGGAUGACAGAAACCAAGCCCACUCCUCCAGAAUUUGAUAAUGAAGUAAUGACUUUGCUGAAGGAAUUUGCCAAAAAUCGUAACAUGGAACAUAGAGCAGGGCAGCCUGCCCUCGACUAUCUCUUUGAAGACAAAAAUUAAAAUGGGUUUAUAUUACCCUUACAUGAA